AACCGUUUUAAUGGACUACAACAGACCCACAGAAAAGACACAUCACAAAGUGAACACCCACAGGGAGAAGCAAUAGGACUGUCAGAGCGACUCCAUUUGAGUGAGGGCUAGGAAAAUGAGGCUGGGCUGCAUUCCCAGAAAAGUAGGUAUUCCUAAUCUCUAGAUGUUUACGGUUAAGGGAACACAUUAAUUAUUGUUACUAAAACACACCCAGACUUGGGAGUGUCCAGAUAUCCCGGCAUCUAGAGAACAAAGGCAUUCCUAAUUUUGCUUUAAAAAUAAUAUCGAUUCUUGAAAAAUACAGUAAGAAAAUUAAUCCUUUUUCACAAACCCUUGUAGCAGAGCACAUCUCCCCAGUAUCUAUUUUUAGCCUAAAUAUAUACAAGCAUUGUACCUAGGGUGCAUACGUUCCUCUCACUUUCAGGAACGUCCUACUGUCUAUGGGGUAGCUGUUUCACAACUUUACUUUCUUAACAAACUUGCUUUUACUUUGCACUGCGGACUCGCCCUGAAUUUUGUCUUGCGCGAGAUCCAAGAACCCUCCCUUGGGGUCUGAACCGGACCCCUUUCCUGUAACACGACCACCGCUCCGAGCCUCCCCGCUUCCAGCCGCUACGAGCAAAGUCUUUUAUAUGAACAAACCCCUAACUCGUCCUGUGACUGAUGCGUGUGCAUUUUAGGCACCGGGGAGCAGAGGGUAAAGCGGCGCAGCCCCGGGCCUCCUCCCGCGCAAGUUCACGGGAAGAGCAGGUCCGGCCCGCGCAGACGUGCACGGCCCGCAGCAAUUAGGAGGAGCGGACGGUCCCCACCCCCACAAUCAGCCGUCUCUCGGGGUCCGCCCGCGCUCCCUGCCCACGAGUGAGGCCUCCGGUUGCCCGCACCCUAAGGGGCAUCGCAGCCCGGAACAACACCGCCCCCACCAGCCUUAGCUGAGCGCUCCCAUUGGCCAGAGGCCAACGGGUGGAGGCUCCCAUUGGCCAUCGGCCAUAAUGUUUCCAUUGGUCGAAGGCCAGGCCAUCGGAGACUUCCAUUGGCCGAGAGCUGUGGUUCGCCGCAUGGCCUACUGGGAGUUGUAGUCGCCGCGUCGCCGGUGAGGCCGCCAUUGUCCGGCGUUCGGCGAGUCGGGUGGUCCCUUUGACUGGAGUGCGUCUCUGGUCCUGGAAUCACCUCAGGCGCUGUCCUUCACUGGGCGAUCCAGCAUGGACCCCGAGGACGAAUGGGCAGCGGGAGUGAUGCCUGUGGGGCCGCCGGCGGCCCGGCUUCAGGAACCAGUGACCUUCCGGGAUGUGGCUGUGGACUUUACCCAGGAGGAAUGGGGGCAGCUGGACCCUACCCAGAGGAUCCUCUACCGUGAUGUGAUGCUGGAGACCUUUGGGCACCUGCUCUCCGUAGGUCCUGAGCUCCCGAAGCCUGAAGUCAUCUCCCAGCUGGAGCAAGGGACCGAGCUAUGGGUGGCUGAGAGAGGAACCACCCAGGGCUGCCAUCCAGGCUGGGAGCCUCGAUCUGAAAGCCAAGCAUCGCGCAAGGAAGAGGGCCUUCCUGAAGAGGAGCCAUGCCAUGUCACGGGAAGGGAAGGGUUCCCGACAGAUGCUCCUUAUCCCACCACGUUAGGGAAAGACAGGGAGCGUCAGAGCCAGGGUCUGGCACUCAAGGAGCAGGAAAACUUGAAGCAGUUAGAAUUUGGCCUCAAGGAAGCACCAGUUCAAGAUCAAGGCUACAAAACUCUCCGACUCGGGGAAAACGGCGUCCUGAGUUCAAGCCCAAAUCCAUUCCCAGAGAUCUCUAGAGGAGAGUAUUUGUAUACUUACGACUCACAAAUUACAGACUCAGAACAUAACUCCAGCUUAGUCAAUCAGCAGACAGGAUCCCCAGGAAAACAGCCCAGUGAAAACAGUGACUGUCGCAGAGCUUCCAGUCAGGCCAUUCCAGUUACGGAACUCACAAAAAGCCAGGUGCAGGACAAACCCUACAAAUGUACUGACUGUGGGAAGUCGUUUAACCAUAACGCACACCUCACCGUGCACAAGAGGAUUCAUACGGGAGAAAGACCUUAUAUGUGCAAGGAGUGUGGGAAAGCCUUCAGCCAGAACUCCUCCCUCGUCCAGCACGAGCGCAUCCACACUGGAGACAAGCCCUACAAGUGUGCCGAAUGUGGGAAGUCCUUCUGCCAUAGUACACACCUUACCGUCCAUCGGAGGAUUCACACCGGGGAGAAGCCCUAUGAGUGUCAGGACUGUGGGAGGGCCUUCAACCAGAACUCCUCCCUGGGGCGGCACAAGAGGACACACACUGGGGAGAAGCCAUACACCUGCAGCGUGUGUGGGAAAUCCUUCUCUCGGACCACUUGCCUUUUCCUGCACCUGAGAACUCACACCGAGGAGAGGCCCUACGAGUGUAACCACUGCGGGAAGGGCUUCAGGCACAGCUCAUCCCUGGCCCAGCACCAGCGGAAGCACGCAGGGGAGAAGCCCUUUGAGUGCCGCCAGAGGCUGAUCUUUGAGCAGACGCCAGCUCUCACAAAGCAUGAAUGGACAGAAGCCCUGGGCUGUGACCCACCUUUGAGUCAAGAUGAGAGGACUCACCGGAGCGACAGACCCUUCAAAUGUAAUCAGUGUGGGAAGUGUUUCAUUCAGAGCUCUCACCUCAUCCGGCACCAGAUAACUCACACCAGAGAGGAGCAGCCCCAUGGGCGAAGCCGGCGGCGUGAACAAUCUUCGAGCAGGAACUCCCACCUGGUUCAGCACCAACACUCGAACUCCAGAAAGAGCUCUGCAGGUGGAGCAAAGGCAGGGCAGCCAGAAAGCAGAGCCCUGGCUUUGUUUGACAUCCAAAAAAUCAUGCAAGAGAAAAACCCUGUGCACGUUAUUGGGGUGGAAGAGCCUUCUGUGGGUGCUUCCAUGUUAUUUGACAUCAGAGAAUCCACAUAGGAGAGAAACUUUGCUGAUGACUUUUAACCACAAGUAAAAAAUGUGGUAAGUCCACACAGUGCACUCAUGAAGAGGGGCUGGGGGUAGAAAUGUCAUUGGUGACUUCUGACUUCCUAAGGAAAUGAUGCUUCCCAAGCACCCGAGGUUGGUUGGUCCCAAAUCUAUCAAACUCAGUGCCCUCUUUAGCGACAUAUUUUGUGACAUUCCUUCCAUUACACCACAGUGAGUUUGCAGGUAAUAUAACCUACCUACCUGUGUAAUGUCAAAAAAAUCAAUAUGCGGCCCCAUUUUGUAAAGGAUCAUUAAAAUGAAAGUAAUUUAUGGUAGAGUACAUUGUAGAGUAACGUGUACUGACUUGGUGCAGUAUUUCUCCUUGUCACUGUGGGCCCAAUUUUGCCAGGAGACCUAGGGCAGUAGCCUGUUGCUUGUGGACUGGUAGAGGUUAUGAUGUUGACCAUGGCAAUACUGUGAGGGGCCUUCCCAUGUGGAACGUGACCUUCCAAAGUAGUGACUAACUCUUGGAAAAGUUUUUAACAACAUAAUAUGCUAUUGCAUUUCUGGGAAAUUCUGGGUAAAUUCCAAGCAUGCAGCAAUUAGCUUGUGCUUAUGUGUGAAGUCAGGUUAGGUUCUCAGUUCAUACCCUGAAAACUGCUUAUUCCACAUCUGUUGAUGUGGUCCACUGGGAGCAGUUCUGUUCCUCACCAUCUGCAGCAUGCAUGGCUCCUGCCCAUGUUUCAGCCACACCCCCAACCCAAUUACGUGACUAGCCGCCAUGAAAUUCCACAGCAUUCCCUGCAGGGGAGUGUCACAGCUCCUCUUGAAAAACAUCUGGUGUUGCUAUGAGCCAGAGGUUCUUUGUUUUUUGUUUGAGAUGGAGUCUCGCUCUGUCACCCAGGCUGGAGUGCAAUGGCGCAAUCUGCUCACCACAACCUCCGCUUCCCAGGUUAAAGCAAUUCUCCUGCCUUAGUCCCCCAAGUAGCUGGGAUUACAGGCACCUGCCACCACGCCCAGCUAAUUUUUGUAUUUUUGGUAGAGAUGGAGUUUCACCACGUUGGCCAGGCUGGUCUCAAACUCCUGACCUCAUGAUCCACCCGCCUUGGCCUCCCAAAGUGCUGAGAUUACAGGCAUGAGCCACCACGCCCAGCUGAGCCAGAGGUUCUUAACUGGUGGUGCUUUUGCCUCCAGGGCACAUUUGGUGACAUCUAAGGACAUUUUUGGUUGCUGUGCCUGGAGCUUCCAUGUAGUGGGUACUGGGUAGAGGCCAGGGAUGCUGCUCGACACCCUAUAGUGCCCAGGACAGCUCCUCAACAAAGAUUCUCUAGCUCCAAAUGUCAAUAGUGCCAAGGUGGAGAAGCCACCUGGGUAUAAACCCAGCCCAGAAAUGUAGCUGACAUUUUUAAAACUUCAAGCGGGGUGUGGCGGCUCACACCUGUAAUCCCAGCACUCUGGGAGGCUGAGGAGGGCGGAUCACUUGAGGUCAGGAGUUUGAGACUAGCCUGGGCCCAUGGUGAAACCCCAUCUCUACUAAAAAUACAAAAAUUAGCCAAGUGUGGUGGCAUGCGCCUGUAAUUCUAGCUACCUGGGGAGGCUGAGGCACGAGAAUCGCUUGAACCUGGGAGGCAGAGGUUUCAGUGAACCAAGAUCACACCAGUGCACUCCAGCCUAGGUGACACAGCAAGACUCUGUCUCAAAAAAAAAAAAAAAAAAAAACCUUCAAAUUGAUUGAUCAGGGCUGGACUAGACUAGAAAUCAUAUAAGCUUGAUUUUAACAGAUGGUGUCAUUAGCUAGUUUAUACAUGAUGUACUUUUUAGUACAUCCUUUACUGUUUUGCAGCAUUCAUAAUUGAUGUGAAAUAAGGAAGAUAAUCCAAUUUUUUUUUUUUUUUUUUUUGAGACAGGGUCUCACUCUUUUGCCCAGGCUGGAGUCAGUGGUGUAAUCACUGCUCACUUGCAGCCUGGACCUCCUGGGCUCAAGUGAUCCUCCCACCCCAGCCUGCCAAGUAGCUGGGACCACAGCCAUGUGCCACCAUUCCUAAUUUUUUUUAUUUUUUGCAGAGACAGGGUCUCACUGUGUUGCCUAGGCUGGUCUCGAACCUUGGCGUCCCAAAGUGUUGGGAUUAUAGGCAUGAGCCACUGUGCCCAGCUACUUAUUUUUCUGAGUAACCUUUAAGGAUUUAUUGUGGACAUUUUCAAACAUGAGUCAUAUAUUUUUGCUGGUACUCCCAUCUACCUCCCCACCACUCUCCUGCCCUGGAUAUGUAUAUAACCAUGUUCGUCCACUGGGACAAAACCAUUUUCACAAUCAUACUAAGCUGUCAGUUCGCAUUUUUGCUGUGCACUGAUAGUGUGAAAGCAAUGGCAGGUAAAACUGCUGAGCCUGAGUUCAAAGCAGGGCAUUAGCCCUGAGGUUGUUCAUAUUCUUCUCCACUGGGCAAUGCAGUAAAAAAAAAGAAAAGCUAAUUUCAUGUAAUCUCUUUCUUUCUUUUUUUUUUUUUUUUUUUUUUUGAGACGGAGUCUCACUCUGUCGCCCAGGCUGGAGCACAGUGGCACAAUCUCGCUUCACUGCAACCUCCACCUCCCGGGUUCAUGCCAUUCUCCUGCCUCAGCCUCCCGAGUAGCUGGGACUACAGGUAUGUGCCAUCUCGCCCAGCUACUUUUUUGUAUUUUUUUUUUUUUUUUUUUUUUUUUGAGACGGAGUCUCACCCUGUCGCCCAGGCUGGAGUGCAGUGGUGCAAUCUCGGCUCCCGGGUUCACGCCAUUCUCCUGCCUCAGCCUCCUGAGUAGCUGGGACUACAGACGCCCGCCACCACGCCCGGCUAAUUUUUUCGUAUUUUUAGUAGAGACGGGGUUUCACUGUGUUAGCCAGGAUGGUCUCAAUCUCCUGACCUUGUGAUCCGCCUGCCUGGGCCUCCCAAAGUGCUGGGAUUACAGGCGUGAGCCACCGCACCUGGCCCUCUUUUUCUGUUUGAGACGGAGUAUCGAUCUGUCGCCCAGGCUGGAGUGCAGUGGCGUAAUUUUGGCCCACUGCAAGCUCUGCCUCCCAGGUUCAAGCAGUUCUCGUGCUUCAGCCCUCUUGAGUAGCUAGGAUUACAGGUGUGCACUACCGUGCCCAGCUAAUUUUUGUAUUUUUAGUAGAGAUGGGGUUUUACCAUGUUGGCCAGGCUGGUCUCAAACUCGUGAUCUCAAGUGAUCUGCCCACCUCAGUCUCCCAAAAUGGUGAGAUUACAGGUGUGAGCCACCGUGCCUAGCCUACUUUCACUGAAUUUCUGUGAUGAAACAGGAAAAAUUAAUUUUGUUAAAUCUCAAGUAGAACUAUAUUGUCAUUAUCACAUCUAAACAGAUAUCAUCAAAUACCUAGUGUUCAGAUGUUCUGGGUUGCCUCAUAAAUUUUAUUUUCCAUUUGUUUCAUGGUAAUCAUAAUCUAAACAAGAUCCACACAGUGCAUUUGGUUGGAAUUUUUCUUUUUUUUUUUUUUUUUGAGAUGGAGACUUGCUCUGUCACGCGGUUCACUGCAACCUCCCAGAUUCAAGCAGUUCUCCUGCCUCAGCCGCCCCUAUAGCUGGGACUGCAGGCAUGUGCCACCACACUCAGCAAAGUUCUUAAUUGUUUGUAGAGAUGGGGUUUUACUAUAUUGCCUCGGCCAGUUUCAAACUCCUGGGCUCAGGCGAUCCUCCCACCCUGGCCAUCCAAAGUGCUAGGAUUACAGGUGUGAGCCACUGCACCCUGCCAAACAGCAGUUUGAAUAACCAUGUUGGAACGGUUGAGCAUUGGAACUCAUUAGCGUCAGAACUUCCUGUGUCCAUUUUUACUUUUUGGAUGCUGGGAGUGUCACAACUCAGCGAUCCAAUCACAGCAAAGCUGGCUUCCAGGAUGCCAGAGCCAGCUUUGUUUUUCAUUUCUAGAGGUUCAACAGGACCCUGUGGAUGGCCCAAGUUCGUUUCUCUGCACUUACCUUUUCGGGGUUGUCCUCAAAACAUUGCCCGUGUCAGCUCUCACUUUUCACAGCAACUCCGGCCUCCUACCUUGGCCUGCGCCACUUCUAUCUCCUUAGAUAACCUUUCAUUCGCAUAGCUAAAUGCUGCAUCCUCAGACACUGCCACAAUAAGAGUUCUGUGAGUUAGUACCGUUUUAUAGAUAGGCAAAGUUAGGCACAGGACAAAAGCUAGUGGUAACUAGAACAAAAGUAACCAGCCCAAGCUAGGAAGUGGUGGAGUUAGAAUUUGAUGUUAACACCCAGCUGACCAUGGCUUAAACAGAUUAGGCUUUGUUCAAAGGCUGUGUUUUCAGUGGCUCAGCUGUGUUACAUCCGACGUUUUCUGCAAUCUCUCAACCUUUCCAUUGUGGUCAUGGGGAGACUACCAUGGCUCCAGCCUUUGCAUCCACAGUGAAGACUGAAAGAAGGGGGAAUGGGCAGGCCAACACUUAUCUCUGAUGAUGUUUAAAGGAAAACAUUCCCAGAAGCCUGCAGCACAUGCCCCCCUUAGUCUCAUUGGCGACAGAUGGGUCAGGGGGCCACCCCUAAUAACAACAGGGCUUAGAAACCUCGUAUUUACUUUUCUAACCUGUGGUGGAGACAGGUAGGAGAGAACAGUCUUGGGAAGUGGAUGAUGGAGGCAGCUAGCCAUAUCUGCUGCUUUUCUCCUUCAAGCUCUUGGGAGAAUUGCUUGUGCUCCCUAUUCCCUUGGUGGCAGCUCACACCUCAGACCCGCUGUCCGCCCCCACUGCUUCACAGAACCUACUGCAACCACUGUCCACGGCACCACCUCUGGUGUCGUCUCUCUUCAUCCCCAGGACUGUGAAGCCUGCUAACCUCUUUGCAGAGCUCCGUCUCCUUGCAUUGUGGGGUUCCUUCUAAUUCUUCAGAGACUUCUAAACCUCCUGUCCCCCCUCCUAAAUGUUGGGGUCCCUGGGGUCCUAGAGUCCACCUUGUGCUCCACGCCCUCCCCAGGUGUCACCCACAUCCUUAGCUUUGUUGCUGCUCACCACCGAAUAAAUCAGUGUGGUGCUUCUGAGAUUUGGGCUUCAGACCCAAACAACUGCUGUGUGCUACGGGGCAACUCCCCGAAGUGUGCCGAAAGCUCCCCAAACCCAGCCCAUCCCAAACAAAACUCAUUUUCCACCCAGACUAGUCUCUGCUUCCGUGAUCCCUUUCCUGGAAGCUGUUUCCACUUGCCAUCCCAUCAUGGAAGCCAGAAAAUCAGUCUUCUUGACCUCUCCCCUUCCUCACUCCAUGGAGUCAGAGGUCCUGUUGAUUUUGCCAUGUAAACAUUUCGGCUUUGCUUACUUCAUCCCUACUGCCACCAAUAGUGCAGGAUGGCCCUAAGAGAAGAAGUAAUGUGCUACCAAGCGGCCAACCAGAGUGUGAACCAAACAGUCUGGUACCAAAACCCUAUUCUGGAUCAUUCCUCCUUUCUGCUCCACCAGCAGUUUGGGGCACAGGCUUGGGAAUCCAGACAGGAAAGCUCCUCCCUUCUGAAGCAGUGGGACCAACAGUGACAGCAUGGUUCUAGACAGCUCUGGAAGUCAGGCCUGUGAUUGCCUCAUUCCCUCCACCUUGGCCCCCAAAAUGGCCAGUCCUGAAGGGGUCACAGUUGAUCCUUCUCUGCGGGGGCACAGGGUUGGCUGUGGUUAUGGCAGCCCCACUGGGUGGUAAGCUGGGAUUAAGCAAUCAACUGGAACUCAAUGAGCCUUGAGUUCUCAAAGGGGGUGUGGGAAGGUUCUUAUACAUCUUCUGUGGAGGGCAGUUUAUCAGUCACUAAAUUACAAAUACAUAAACCCUUUGUCUCACCAAACCUGCUGGGAAUGAAUCCUACAUAUAUAUUUAUAUGUAUGCAGGCUACAUGGUUUUCAUUAUGCUAUUGAUUUUAAAAGUAAAAAUUUGGAAACAACCUCCAUGUCCACCAUGGGGAACUGGCUAAGUCAUUUAUAGUGGAAUGGUGAUCAUAAAAAUUCAUUAAAAAUGAAGACUCUUUAUAUACAGCUUGAAUAUUCCUUAUCGAAAUGCUUGGGACCAGAAGUGUUUCAGAUCUUUGCAUAUUUUCUGUUUCUCAUUUCAGUUCACAUUUUCUAAGCAUGAUAUUCCUACUGAUUUCCUUGUAGAUAUUUUGAAACAGAUAAGAAACUCCUCCGUGGAAAUUACUGUUAACUAGGGAAAAGACAUGGUUUUUUCUGUUCAUAAAAGUAAUGUGAGUUCUUUGUAGCAAAACUUGGAAAAUGCAUAAAAGUAAAAAAAAACAUAUGAAAACCUGUGUAAAAUUCCUCAACUUUAGCCAUCCAUAGAUGGUCCUUACCAUUAGGAUUUUACUAAUUUUCCUUGCAAUUUUUUCUUAAAAUAUGCACAUGUGUCUACACAUACAUAUAGUGUACACUAAAUUUUACAUAACACACAGAGGAAUAUAUAUGUGUAUAGUUAUCUUGUGUUUAGAAAUUUGGAAUCCCUUCUAGUUGUCUUGUAACAUGUGCUUACUCUAUUUUGAGGAUUUUCUCUAUGAAUUUCAUGUAGCUUUUUAAAUUAACUUUCAGGAGGAUUGUAACAAUGUGCUCUCCACCCAGUAUUUUACCAGCCUUGAGUUUUCUCAAAGGGGGCAUUGGAGGGGUUCUUAUACAUUUCCAGUGGGAAUGUGAAUUGAUACAACUUCUGUGGAGGGCAGUUUAUCAGCCACUAUCUAAAUUACAAAUACAUAAACCCUUCGUCUAAGCAAACCUGCUGGGAAUGAAUCCUACACAUAUUUUUGUACGUGUGCAGACUGUGCAUGGUUUUCAUUAUGCUAUUGAUCUUAAAAGUCAGAAUUUGGAAACAACCUCCAUGUCCACCAUGGGGAACUGGCUAAGUCAUUUACGGUGGAAUGGAGAGCAUUAAAUGAAGACUCUUUAUAUGCAGGUUGAGUAUCCCUUAUCCAAAAUGCUCGGGACCAGAAGUGUUUCAGAUUUCAGAUUUUUGAAUUAGGGAUCCUCAAACUAUACUAAUGUGAGAAAGAGCUCCAAGAUAGUUAAGUAGAUAAAAACAAGGUGUCAAAUUGUAGAGUAUGUUUCCAUUUAUGUAAAGAAGAAACAGGCCAGGCGGGGUGGCUCAUGCCUGUAAUCCCAGCACUUCGGGAGGCCGAGGCAGGUGGAUCACCUGAGGUCAGGAGUUCAAGACCAGCCUGACCAACACGGUGAAACCCCAUCUCUACUAAAAAUGCAAAAGCCGGGUGUGGUGGUGCACACUUGUAAUCCCAGCUACUCAGUAGGCUGAGGCAGGAGAAUCGCUUGAACCCAGGAAGUGGAGGUUGCAGUGAGCCCAUAUUGUGCCAUUGCACUCCAGCUUGGGCAACAAGAGCGAAACUCCAUCUCAAAAAUAAAUAAAUAAGAAACAUUUGUUUAUAUGUACACACAUAAUCUCUGAAAGGGUAAAAGUGGCGAGCACACUGGUUGGUCAGGAGAAUUGGGAAGACAGUGAUAUGAGGAAUAAUUUUCACUCUUUAUCCUUUUAUAUUUUUGGAAUUUUGAAACAUGUAAAAUUAUUACCAGUUCAAAAAAUAAAUUUAAAUUAAACAAAAA